UUCAAUAUGACUUACUGACAGCAGUUUGUUACCACUCAAGUGGGCUGGCCCCGCUUAUGUUCAACUCGUCCAGUGGAGGAGUUAAUUUAUUACACAUCUGUCUUGGAAGUAGUUAAUCUUGCACUCCCCCCCAAGAGAAACAAAUUUAAGAAACCUUGAAAAGGCAGCGGGACGACUUCUCACUUUAACCCGCACUUCAACAUCCUUCAUAGACUCGCCUCGCUUCUGAACAACUUGCCAAGAACGGGAAAAAGUUCCAGAUUAGACAUGGAAGCGAUUUUGGUGUUCGCGAAGAAAAUCUGGUGCGUCCGGAGACAGCUAAUGUUAAUUCUUACACCAAUAGCCCUCCUGCCUUUAAUGUUUGCGCUCCCAGCAAGGGAAGGAAAGUGCCUGUACGUCGUGCUGCUGAUGGCCGUGUUCUGGUGCACGGAGACCCUGCCACUGGCCGUCACUGCCAUGCUCCCUGUCUGUCUGUUCCCCCUGCUCGGGAUUCUGCCCUCCAGCAAGGUCUGCCAGCAGUACUUUGUUGACACCAACUUCCUCUUCCUCAGUGGGCUUGUGAUGGCAUCAGCCAUUGAAGAAUGGAACCUGCACCGCAGGAUCGCGCUGAGGGUCCUCAUGCUGGUGGGAGUCAAGCCGGCCUGGCUCAUCAUGGGAAUGAUGAUAACGUCGGCGUUCCUCUCCAUGUGGCUCAGUAACACUGCCACCACUGCCAUGAUGCUGCCCAUCGGCAACGCCAUCCUGCAGAGCCUGUUCGGAGACCUGGAAAAGCUGAAGGAGAAGUGCCACUUAAAGGACGACGCAGAGAGUGCAUCACAAAUGAAGUUACAGGUUUUGGCAUCAGAAAAACAAAUAUUGACAGGAGAGGAAAGGGCAGAUUUGUCAGAAGCAUGUGAUACGCGAUCUGCUUCAGAAAUCAGAAAAGAAUCUGAGUACCAAAAGAAAGUCUGGAAAGGCUUUCUCAUCUCCAUCCCCUAUGCUGCCAGUAUUGGGGGGACUGCUACUCUGACAGGCACGUCACCAAACCUCAUUCUUGUUGGGCAGCUAAAAAGUUUCUUCCCAGACUGUGACAUCAUCAACUUUGGCUCCUGGUUCGUGUUCUCGUGCCCCCUCAUGCUGCUCUUCCUCUUCCUGGGCUGGUUAUGGAUUUCCUUCCUGUACGGGGGACUCAACACAAGGUUGUGCCUGCAGAAGAAAGAUUUCAGGGCAGAGGCAGAAACCAAAGCCAGAGCAGUCAUUGAAGAAGACUACAAAAAACUGGGACCUGUCAAGUUUGCUGAAGGAGCAAUUGGAUUUUUUUUCUUUUUGUUUGCCAUCCUUCUUUUCACAAGAGAUCCCAAAUUCUUCCCUGGCUGGGCUCAGCUUUUUAACAAAGGCUACGUCUCAGAUGCUGUUACUGGAGUCUCCAUAGUGUCUAUACUUUUCUUCUUCCCCUCCCAGAAGCCAUCUCUGAACUGGUGGUUUGAUUUUAGAGCACAGAACACUCAAAAUAUGCCUCUGGUGUCAUGGAAAAAGGCUCAAGAAACUGUUCCUUGGAAUAUUAUCCUGCUGCUCGGAGGAGGUUUUGCAAUGGCUAAGGGAUGUGAGGAGUCGGGUUUGUCCAUGUGGAUCGGCAGCCAUCUGCAGCCCCUGGAGAGCGUGCCUCCUGGUGUGGCUGUUCUCCUCAUUACAGUGGUCGUCGCGUCCUUCACAGAAUUUGCGAGCAACACAGCCACUACUAUCAUUUUCCUGCCUGUUCUAGCUGAGCUGGCAAUGCGUCUGCAAGUGAACCCCCUGUAUCUUAUGAUACCAGCGACUAUAGGCUGUUCCUAUGCAUUCAUGCUGCCUGUCUCAACACCACCAAAUUCCAUUGCGUUUGCAUCUGGCCAUCUCCAGGUCAAAGACAUGGUGAAAACUGGGGUUGUGAUGAACAUCUUGGGGGUUCUUUCUCUGUCUCUUGCUAUGAACACGUGGGGACUAUAUGUCUUUGAUCUGCACACAUACCCAUCUUGGGCACGCUCCACCAAUGUGACCACUGUUCUUCCAGGUCUGCUCAACAGCACAGCAACACCCCUCAAUGCCACCUUGUAAUCAGCACAGCGUAACAGGAAACAGAAUCAAUAAGCAAAUCUGAAUGUGUAUUUUAAUGAUUAUUUAAAAUAUAGAUCACAGUGUAAGAAAAAGGCUUUUGUUUUUGGACCAAAACAAGAACACUUGACGUAUUUAAUGUAUUAAGAUGUGUUUAUAGGGGAUUGGGAUUAAUGAUUCAUUCUGUGACAAAUGUUAAGUGUACUCUUCUGUGUGCUUAAAAAAUCCCAACAGAAAUGUUGUAUUUGUGUUACACUUAUGUAGCUUGGAAACUGAAAACCAUAACCUAACCUCACUUAAUUGCAGAAAGAUUUGAUGUUUUUUCUUGUAAAUACUUUUAGUGUCACUAGUUGUGUAAGGCUACCUUGAGCUAUGAUCUCCAUGUCUUCCCUUUGUGUUUAGCAUUAAAUAAGUUCAUUUACUGCUAUUGACUGUGAUGGUUAAAAAUGACAUUCAAUGUCAUUUUGAAAUGAAGGAUAGGAACUUUGGUACCCACCUUAAAACUUAAGAAGCCUCCUGUGUGUGGUUCCUACCCUUUUAUAUUGGUAUUUCAUUAUUGAUUUUCCAAAUGCUAUUUGAAUGUAAAUGUGUUGGGCUUUGGAAAUACUCAGGUUGUAAUGCAACACUACAUUACUAGUCAAAAGACAAUAAAUACACAAAUACGUAGCAACUGGAAACUGUUAUGACAAAUCAGCAGUUCUGAAGUCAAUACAUUGAUUGUGCAAAUGUAUUUCUCCAAGUAAUAUAUAUCUCUGCUUUAAUUUAUUUAUACACCCUUGUAAUUUAAUCUUUUUACAAAGUUAAAAAAUUAAGCAUAAAGGAUAACUUAUUUUAAUUACUUUGAUAACCUCAUGUUAUGUAGCAUUGACUGAAGGGAGGAAACUGAUUUUUAAAUCUGUGAUUACUGCAGAAGUGGACUGUUUGAGUAGCUGUAGAUGCAAAUAGUGCACAAGAUGAACAUAUCUCAAGAUGAUUGUGUUCUCUCUUGACCAAUGUGUAAAAAAGUGUAAAUAAAUCAGGGCUUCUGAAUACUCUGAAUAUGAAUUUCUGCCUGUGUGGACUUAAAAAUAUGGCCAAGCUUCAUUGCUUUUGCCAUCAAUAAACAUCUUUGAAAGAAUAAAGUACUAUUAUAGAUAAUGUUACUGGAUGUAAAUACUCAUAGAUAUUUCACAUAACACACAAUCAGGUAAUACAUGAAGCAAUUAAUGUUUUUGGUAAUAAGAAUGUUUAUUGAUAAUUGCUAUAUUUUAUUUGUUCUCUUUAUAUCCUCCUGUGCCUUCUGAUUUUUUGUUUACUGGUAUGUUUAUGUACAAUAUGUCAAAUACAAGAGUAAUGUAACUGACACAUGUGUGAAAACAAUAAUAAUCUUUGGGGGAAAUCAAUAUUAGAAACAUUCGUGAGAUUAAUGUGAGACACACAUUUGCACCAAACCAACAGAUUGCUUCGGGUAAUCUGGGUCCAGAUCUCCACUAAAUGGGAUUACCCAUUGAAAAAAGGAAACCCAUGAGUUUAUACAGUCAAGACAUCCUAAUGUGUCCUUAAAUGGGAAAUUCGUAACUUUUUUUAACAGGCCAGAUAAACUGCUGGAGAUUUUCAGAGCGUCUCUAACAGGUGUAAUCGUGUAAAAUAAGGCUGAUACACUGACAUCAUUCCCCUGACAGCAUUAAUGCAUCCUAUGCAAUAAGGGCUGACUAUUUGGUUUAGAGGAUUUUCCUCUGUGUGAGCUGUGUGUACUGGGUGCUUGGAGACCUAUAUUUGUCAAUAGUGUGUCGCAGAUUAAAGAAUGAUUACUGGAAGAGAAAAAUAUAAAAAUACCACAAAAUGUUGAUAAAUGUAGAAAUAAGCAGGUUAAACAGUACAAAAAACGAUAACAUCCAUUAUUCCAGCAUAUUGUAGCAUAUACUCUUGGGACACCAGUCCAAUCCAGGGACAGCUAUAACACCCAUUCACUUUAUAACUGUUUCUUCAAAUUCUGGGUCAUAGGGAACCUAUCUCCAGGAAGUAUGGGUGCAAGGUGUGUACACCAUGGAUGGGACUCCAGUCAAUCAUAGGGCACACACAGACACAGGCAUGCACACAAUCACUCCUGGGCCAAUUUCCCAAGAAGCCCAUUUACCUCCCAGUAUGUUCUUGGACUGUGGGAGCAAAUUGGAGCACCUGGAGGAAACCCACAUGAACACAGGGAGAACAUACAAACCCCACGCAGACAGCACCCUAGGUCUGGAAUUGAACCCAGGGCCCCAGGAUUGUGAGGCAGCAAUUCUAACCACUGUAUGACUGUACAAUUAGCAAGUGGGGAGACUAUCUGAGACUAACGCCUGUUGGUCUCUGAGGCUGGUGGAAUUUGGAGGGGGAGAAUGUCAGGGCUCAUGGAUACCAGUAACAGUUUUCAAGUCUUCCUCUGUUGAAGGGCUGACUGUUUCAGCUGGUAGACUUGUUUGUUGCUGGUGAGGGCAUUUGUAGGAGUGCCUGAAAGAUGUUAGAUUGGACCCUGUGUCCAACUGUGGACCUUGAACAGCUGCUGAGAGAUUGGUUUCUUCUUCAAAUGUCCAGUCUGCUACACAUAUCCGUCACAAGAUACAACAUCAUAAACAUGCACACAAGCAACAAAGGGAAAUAACUGCUGCUUAGCGAUGACUGAUGAGGCCUAGAAUUAUGAGAAGCAUUAACAGUACAUUUAAGUGUCAGCUCCAAAACAUUGAUUGAGACGUACUGUAGCCAGUUGUGUGUAUCUGAGAUGCAUCAUGCAUCAUUGGAAGAGCUAACAUGAUAAGAGUGUUGUGCAACAUUAAAUUCUUGGUGAAGACUCCUUAAUAAAUGCUAAUUCCUGUA